AUGAAUUUACCAGAAGGAAUUUUGGGUCUAUUUGUAACGUCUUUUGAGCCUGGCGUUGGUAACAGCAUUAUUUGGAAAUACAAAAAUCCCUCCAAUGACGAGGACCCAGAGAUGGAUGGGGUGGAGUACACCUCUAUGCCAUCUGGAAUGCAUUUGAUGAACUCCGACGAGAUAUAUUUCACUACGGAAGGCGACAACCAUGGAAUUGCUAUCUAUAGAAAGAUACCUUCAGCCGAUCAACAUGAGCGUGGUGUUAAGAUGUUUUCAGUCGGGGUGAUCACGAGAGGCACUUACACACCAUAUGAUUACUUACCGGAACUAGAGGAACUCUCUCUAUAUUUACUGACAAACCGCCCGUCCGAUGUUCUGCUUGAGAUGUUUUUUGCUCCAAUACAAUCAUCUGACAAUGAUCACAUUACCCAGCAAUCACCAUCACCUAAAGCACUUUCGCUGCUUUUCGAUGUACUUGGCCCGCUGCUGCUUCUGCUGUUCAGAUUGCUGCUUGCACAAAAGCGAGUAGUGAUAUUUUUUCGCCCUACCGAAGGAAAAGGAGUUGGAUGGAUUAGCGCAGCUUUAAAAUCUUUCUCCGAAAUUCUCAACAAUGAUGAUGAUGGACUUAUCAGUGAAUCUAGAACUCGCUAUAUUGGUAAUGUUGGUUUGACCGAUUUAGAGCGUUUGGAGAGUGUAAAGCGUGGCUAUAUAGCAUCUACCACCGACGCGUUGUUAUUGGAGAAGCCCCAGGUAUAUGACGCAAUUAUAGAUUUAUCACCCAAAGUCAAAUACCCCUCCCUAUACAUAUCACAAACACAUGAAAAGGGCGCGUUACUUACUAGGCAGACCUACACGCUUGCUGAUUUAAACCUCUGGAGGAAGCUGAGAAGUAGAAUUGAUUCUCAAACUCUCGUUUCUUCACCGCCUUAUGGGUUUGCGGACCUCUUUGCGGAUAUAUGGAGCUCUAUCUUUGGGGCCAAUAGCAAAAUGAGUAUACCAUCGCCAACACCGAGUGAAUAUUACCCAGAAAACGAACCAAACACAAAUGAAGAUGACGAAGUCAGACUUUUAAGGAAGAGCCUCAACCCGUCACCUGCUAUAGCAGCUUUCAUGAAGAACUAUUCUAAUGCGAUUCUUGCUAGUUUACUCGCGUUGGCACUAAAGCCAGAUUAUGACCACAAUGAAAACGUUAGAGAUGAAGAUCACCAUCAAAUAGACGGUGACAAUGUUAUCAACGAUGAUAGACCGCUUGAGCUGUCAGCAGCAGAUCUACUGACGCUUGGGUUGUCACCACUUAGUGAUGUCGAUAGUCUAGUGGCUAAGACAAUAUCAAAGACGGAAUUGGGAAGGAGUGCAACCGUCUCGGUCAGUUGUGCUUGGUCUGUAGCUUCCUUUGUACGUCGCCAAUUCUUAAGUAUUGGCUGGAUAUAG